AUGUGGCUCAUGGUGUUGGCAGUGCGAAUCAUUCUGGUAGCAAUGAUGAUCGGAGCCGCAGAGACAUUCUGCCUACCGGCGCUUACAAGGACCAAUGCUAAUGGAGUCCUGGGGCUUCGGGGAGGGUUCGACGACAGGCUGGAGAAUGUGCAACGAGUACGGCAGAUGCGGGAUGACGUGCUCAAAAAGCUGGUAGAGGACAAUCUUGUAGGAAAGGCAGGUCGCAGCGACAAGGUACAGGCCUCUGUGGGGGAGGCUGUAGGAGAAGAAAGUAUCGAUGUUGAGCCAAUUACUCGGCUCGGCUUCUUGGGGACUGGGACCAUUGCUAAGGCGGUCGUGGAGGGCUUGUGCUCCUUCUCCCUGGCCCCCAAGAGAAUCUACCUGAGCCCUCGCAACGCCAACACCUCCUCGCUCCUAGCGGCCAAGUACCCCGAGAUGGUGGAGGUGAGUGGCAGCAACCAGCAGGUGGUCGACUCAUGCGACGUCCUCUGCGUGUGCGUCACCCCUCAGGUCUACAAGCAAGUGCUGGGCGAGCUCAAGUUCAGAGAGGAUCUCAAGAUCGUCUCCUUCAUCUCCACCGCUAGGAUCGACGACAUCCUGCCCCUGGUCGCGCCAUGCACGCGGGUGGUCAGAGCUAUCCCGAUGCCUCCGAUCGCGCAGGGGCAAGGGCCGCUCCCGAUGUAUCCCAGGGAUGAGAAGCUGGAGAAACUGUUCGACGAGAUCAGCACGGUGAUCAACCUGGACAGAGAGGAAGACUUCUUCUCCUUCAUGUCCGUCUCCUCGCUGAUGGCGCCCUUCUACUACAUGCAGCACACCAUCUCCGAGUGGAUGACGUCGACUGGGGUGCCGCAGGAGAAGGCGAACAAGUUCGUAGGGGAGUUGCUGUUUGCCCUGGCGCAUGACUCGAAGUACGAGACGGACUUCAAGGCCCUCACGGACAGGAGCCAAACUCCCGGUGGCAUCAAUGAGCAGUCCCUGAGGCAGCUGCGGGAGAAAGAGUUCUUCUCCUCGCUGCAGGACCAACUUCAAGUCAUCCAGGACAGGGUCGCGAACAAGUCGGAGAAGAAGCAGCAGUAG